AUGAAUUUAAAAAAGCAGCAAAAAAAUGAGAACUUUUCUUCAGAAAAAACAGAGAUUCUAACAUUUUUUCAGCUAAUAUGUUUUUUAAUGAAUAGUUUUCAAGAGAGAAUAAGCAUUGAAAAGGAAUAUAUUAAACAAUUAAAAAAGCUUGGUAAAGAUUUAGAAAAAGAAAAAAAAGAAUUGGGAUAUUUUAAAGAUGCAGGUCUAUUAAUUGACUCUACAUUUGAAACAGCUUCAGCUCAUGAGAUGUUUGUUAAAAAAGUAAACCAUAUAAUUGAUAUGUUUUUAGAAAAACAAAAUGACAUUAUACUAUAUUUUGAUUCGAAAAAUAAAACAAAAACAUACUCAUUUGAGCGAAAAAGGAUUAACCAAGUAUCAGGAAAAAUAACUAAGAGGGGAAAAAAUUAUAGAAAUGUUUGGAGGAAAUUAAGGGAUAGAAAUAGAAGGCAAUUUAGUGGUUUAAAAACGCGUAUUAAAAAUAAUGACACAUUGGUGUUUGAGAAAUUGCAGUUUCUUGAAAAGUCAUUAUUAAGAAAAUUAGUAAUUGGGCUUGAGACUCCAAAUUUGGAAUGUGCACGAAGAAUUGUAAAAAAUGCGGAAAAAAAUUUAGAAUCUUUACAAACACCUUUGAAAAAAAUAAAUACAUAUGAUACAUUUGAUAAUAAAUCAAAAAAAGAUUUAGAAAACGAAACGGAAUCUUCUGAAUCUAGAAACAAUACUAUAAAAGCUUUAUGUUCUAAAUUGAAAUUUAAAACAAUAUCCGUUUUUAGAAAAAGAGGAUUAUCUCAAGUUGAUAUAUUUUCAAAGAAAUAUUCAUCUGAAAAAGUAUCUAGAAUUCAUGGAAAUUGUUUAAAUAAUAAUGGUUCAAAUAUAAAAAACGUUUUUGAAAUUCUUAAAAAAAAAGAUAUGAAUUAUAAUAAAAAAAAUCCAUUUAUGAUGAAAAAUAAUAUAACUGAAAGAGGGAUGUUAAAAACAAUAAAAAUUAAUAAUAUAUUGUGUUUUAAUAAGGACAAAUUUGACAAUAUAGGAUUUAAAAAAUAUAACUAUCAAAUUCCUACAAAGGAGAAUUUGGUAAUUGAAGUUUUAGAAAAAGCAAGCGAAAUAGAUGAUACAGAAAAAACACAUGUGAUAAAUUUCAUUCCACAAAAAAAAAACAAUACUGAAAUUCAAAAUGAAAAUACUUUAGAGGUUUGUGAUACUUAUAUUUCAGAAUCAAAUACUGUAACUCAAGUUUAUGAGAAACCCAUAAUACUUGGUAAAAAUUUUAAGUAUGAAGAAACACAUACUAUAUAUAAUGUUUCAAAUAAUUCUUUACAGCAAAAAGGGAGUUCCGUUUCCCCUAAUAUGCGUCAAACAUUAUCAGAAGUAUUUAAUAGUAAUGUUUAUCAGUCAAAUUUAUUCGAUUCUUUUAUGGAAAAUAAAUUCAGGCAUAUUAUACUGCCGCAGUCUAAUAUGUUAUUAUUAAAUUAUAAGCAUACAGAAUUAACAAAACAGGGUUUAAAUUGUUCUAUUAUAGAAGUAGUCAACGCAUGUAUUAAAAAUAAAGAGCAUUCUGAGCUUAUGAUUCAGGGUGAAGUCGCUUUUUCGUAUAUGCAGGAGAUGGCUUUGGAUAAUUUUCUUUCCAAAUUAGUUGUUCAAAUUAAUAGUUUUGGAAAUUUCUUAAAAAUAAUGUUUAACAAAAAUAUUUUAGAAAAUAUUUCUAACAAUCCCCCUCAAUAUUUUUUAGAUUUACGUUAUAUAUCGAAAAUGAUUCCUGUAUUGAGAUAUCAAGUCAUAAUUAACGCUAACAAGGAUAAGUUUCAACCAAUUUUAGUAACAUCUCGAUGGAAACAUAUGCAUGAAGAAUCUACCAUUAUUAUAACAUAUAGAAAGAACCCGUCGUUUCUUCAUUUAGAGUCUACACUUACUUUACAAGACUUAAGUUUUAUAGUAGGUCCUGAGAAUGUGUUGAUUAAAGCAUGUCAAAGUAAGCCUAAAGGAAAGUUUUAUAAAAAACAAAAUAAAUUAAUAUUUUCAUUGGGAAGUAAAGUACUGAAAGAUGAAAAAGAAGAAAAGCUUUAUGCAAAAUUUGAAACUAACGGAUUGUCUUCUUUUAAUUGUUCAAUAAAUGUAAUAUGGAAAAUAUCAUGUGAAACACGAAAUAAUAUCAAUGAUAAAGAUUUUCCUGUCGCAUUAAAUCAAUUUAUUUCUUUAGAUUCAUCUUUAAAUUCUCUUAAAGAUACUUCAUUAAAUCCUAUAAUAUCUUAUCCAAUAUAUAUAUCUCAGAUUAUUCAAAGUGGUGUUUAUACUAUAUUUUAA